UACAUUCAUUCACAACACAAUCCAUACCAUAUGAUAAGAGCAAAUUAAAUACGCGCCUGCAAAUAUAUAUAGCAAGCAAACCCUAAUAUAAAUUUCUAGAUUUGUAUCGAAGGUUACAACGGUAUGGAUUGCGUUGAGUUAGUAGUAUAUGCGAGGGUAGAGAUAAACAUGUCCUAUAUAUCUAAGGACUCAACUUUUGAUACUAUUUUCUAGCUAGCCGUAAUUGAUAUCAGCUUAGUCUGUUUUUAGGUUUUAAUUUGUUCUAUUUUAGCAAUAAUUUUUUCUUAGACACCAAAAUUUGUCUUUCCUUUUCAGCUAAUUAAUCGGAUAUAAUUUCAAGAACAAUUUUAUGAAAUUACAGCAUGAUUCUUUUUAUAGCUUAAUUGGUAAAGUUUUUCAGAAGAAUCUCCAUUCAAGUUUUCCACGAAUGAUGUAGAAAAAUAAAAUAUAUUAUCUUUAGAAAUUCACUUGUACGUUGAUAAAUAUCCACACUUUCAGUCCAUAUAUACAAUCACUCAAAACACCAAGAAAAUUAAAUUCUUCCCAAAAAAAAGAAAAAAAAUCAAUGGAGAGCGCAAAGUCGAGGAAGUCUCAUAUCAUGAUGAUACCAUACCCGCUUCAAGGCCACGUUAUCCCUUUUGUCCACUUAGCCAUCAAACUCGCUUCUCAUGGCUUCACCAUCACUUUCGUCAACACCGAGUCAGUCCACCACAACAUCUCCACCGCUCACCAAGGUGACGAGGGGGACAUCUUCUCCGCCGCCCGCAGCUCAGGACAGCUCGACAUACGUUACACCACCGUGACCGAUGGCUUCCCUUUGGGGUUUGACCGCUCACUUAAUCAUGACCAGUUUUUCGAAGGCAUUCUCCACGUCUUCUCUGCCCACGUCGAUGAUCUCAUCGCUAAACUCUCACGCCAGGAUGAUCAUCCGGUGACUUGCUUGAUCGCCGAUACGUUUUAUGUUUGGUCAUCUAUGAUUUGCGACAAGCACAACCUUGUUAAUGUCUCGUUUUGGACCGAACCUGCCUUGGUACUCAAUCUUUAUUACCACAUGGAUCUUCUCAUAUCCAACGGUCAUUUCAAAUGUCUUGAGAAUCGUGAAGACGUGAUUGAUUACGUACCAGGGGUUAAAGCAAUAGAACCAAAGGACUUGAUGUCAUAUCUUCAAGUAAGCGACAAAGACGUAGACACAAAUACAACCGUUUAUCAAAUAUUAUCCAAGGCCUUUAAAGACGUCAAGAGAGCCGAUUACGUCUUAUGCAACACCGUGCAAGAGCUCGAACCAGACUCUCUCUCGGCUCUACAAGCCAAACAACCGGUUUACGCCAUCGGUCCGGUUUUCUCAACCGAUUCGGUUGUCCCCACAAGCUUAUGGGCAGAGUCAGACUGUACCGAAUGGCUUAAAGGCCGACCAACCGGGUCCGUCCUUUACGUCUCGUUUGGUAGCUACGCACAUGUUGGUAAAAAAGAGAUCGUUGAAAUAGCCCAUGGGCUUUUGCUUAGUAGGAUAAGUUUCAUUUGGGUUUUACGUCCGGAUAUAGUCGGAUCCGACGUACCGGAUUUUCUCCCGGACGGGUUUGUAAACCAGACCCAAGAUCGAGGUCUUGUGGUCCAAUGGUGCUGCCAGAUGGCAGUAAUUUCAAACCCGGCCGUGGGUGGUUUUUUCACACAUUGCGGUUGGAACUCAAUUUUGGAAAGCGUUUGGUGCGGUUUGCCCUUGUUGUGUUAUCCGCUAUUGACUGAUCAGUUCACUAAUAGGAAGCUUGUGGUCGAUGAUUGGCGCAUUGGGAUCAACCUUUAUGAUGAUAAUAAUAAUAAUAAGACUAUCACAAGGGACCAAGUCUCGGGCAACAUAAGGAGAUUGAUGGUAAAAGGUGAAACUUCAAGUGAGCUGAGAAACAACGUUGAAAAAGUUAAACGUCAUCUCAAAGAUGCGGUUACAACCGUUGGAUCUUCUGAGACGAAUUUUAAAAUUUUUGUUGAUAAGGUCCGAAGUAGUAUAUAUACUAAAUUGUGUAAUCGUCAUAAAGCUAUCUAAACAUAUGUAAAUCGAGAUAAAGUUCACUUUUUUUUUGGUUAUUACAA